AUGGUACACCGGGAAAGCUGCGGCGGAACUAGUAAAAGACAUUAACGGCAAUGGCAUUCAAGGACUUCGGUGGAUACACCAAUAUCAACAAGACGAAGUAUACAACUAUACGGUGGUAGAACAGUUGAACGAUGUAGAAACUUUGGCGACAAAGAGUGAAUCGUUUCGUUUAGAAAACACCGACAUCGAACUGUUGACAAACACGUGCAACGAUGAAAUCACAUGCCUGCGGAACAAGGCGAGGUCUGUGGUCAAAUACAAACAUAAAAUGGAAACGGUCCAAUGCAUGAACGGUGUUAUAUUAAAGCCUAUCGUUUCCAAACUGUUGUCGGACGAGGAAAACGUGCCAAGUUCUGAUGUGAUCCAGAUGUGGCGGACGACUGUGGAACGCAUGAUCUCGUUGUUGUUGCUCAUGAAAGUCCCGGCGCACAACUGGUUGUGGCAAUUGUAUGUGCGAUUGAUACCGGAUGCCGACUUGAGCAAUGUCGAAAAUGACUCAAAGGCCGAUACGGUCAAACGUCUGGACGACGACCUGUCACAGCACCUAGACCUUUGCCAAAUGCACGGUUAUCUUCCAAGAGAUAGCAACGAAAUAGACAGCCUAGUGAUCACGCUAAGCCGAGCACUGUACGACAACCCCGAAGCCAAGUCCACGUGGCUAAACCGAGUGUACGACACUGCCAGUUCGAUUUGGGCUAAGUUUUCCGGCACAAUGAAGUGCGAGGUGGACCGGUACCGAAAUGUAAUAAGGAAAACACCGGGAGUCAAUUGGGAAGAUACGAAAUUGUUGGUCAACUCUUGUGCUUGCAGACCGGACCGACAGCCGCUCGAACAGAUGCUGAGAUUCCACGAACCGGCAUUGCGCGUACUCAAAACGAUGCUCCUGCACUUUGUGUGGAAACACUGUACGGUGUUAAAAAUGCUCAUAGAUCGAAUGGGAGUCGAAGAUGCACUGCCGAAGAUAAUGGCUUUCCAAAAUGGCAUAUUACAAUCGCUGAAGAUUACCGUCACGGAUCUGAACAUCCAAGAUCUGGUGCUUAGAAACGUUAUAAAAAUCUUGAGCACCCAUAUCGUGGACGAAAGUCACAACCGGUGGUUUCACUCCCAACUAGACGAUAUGAACGGCGAACUGAAAGAUAUCAUCAAGGCAGAUCUAUUGGAGCUUGAUGCGCACCUGUACGAUGAGGACUCUGUAUUCGACGUCCCUAAAAAUAUACCUUCAGUAAUCGACGACGAGGUGGAUUUGAAAUCGCCACUUUUCUUAGAAAACACCCACCAGUUCGAAGACUACAUAAAAAAAGUCCGAGAAACCAUGUUGCCGAUUGACUUUCAUUUACUUAACUUUUUCUUCGCCAGCAAACGGAGUCUGGGUGAUACAUUUUUCAUGGCUUGUAAUGCGUCAUAA